GUAAAUGACCUUCGCAAAGAAUUAGAAAGUCGAACCCUUAGCUCUAAAGGACUGAAAUCUCAGCUGAUAGCUCGACUGACAAAGCAGCUGAAAGUAGAGGAACAAAAAGAAGAGCAAAAGGAGCUAGAGAAGUCUGAGAAGGAAGAGGAAGAGGAGGAGGAUAGAAAAUCUGAAGAUGACAAAGAGGAGGAGGAAAGAAAGCGCCAGGAAGAAAUGGAGCGCCAGAGGCGGGAGAGACGCUACGUCCUGCCUGACGAGCCAGCCAUCAUUGUGCACCCCAACUGGGCAGCCAAGAGCGGCAAGUUCGACUGCAGCAUUAUGUCCUUAAGUGUUCUUCUGGACUAUAGAUUAGAAGACAAUAAAGAACAUUCCUUUGAGGUGUCGUUGUUUGCAGAACUCUUCAAUGAAAUGUUGCAGAGAGAUUUCGGUGUCAGAAUUUACAAAGCACUGAUUUCUCUCCCAGAGAGAGAGGACAAAAAAGACAAAAAGAGCAAAAAAGAAGAGAGAAAAGAAAAAAAAGAAGAAAAAGAUGAUGAGAUGGAUGAUCCGAAACCCAAGAGAAGAAAAUCUGGAGAUGAUAAGGAUAAAAAAGACGAGAGAGAUGACAAGAAGAGAGAAGAUAAAAGGAAAGAUGAUGCUAAAGAUGAAGAAGAAACUGAGGAGGACAAUAAUCAAGAAGAAUAUGAUCCGAUGGAGGCAGAAGACGCUGAAGAUGAAGAUGAAGACCGGGAUGAAGAGGAAUUGAACAAACGUGAGGACAGAAGAGAGGGAAACAGGCAUUGUAAAGAGAGGGCAUCCAAAGAUAAAGAGAAAGACAAGACACAGAUGGUAACUGUUAACAGGGAUCUCCUGAUGGCUUUUGUUUAUUUUGAUCAAAGUCAUUGUGGAUAUCUUCUGGAGAAGGACAUGGAGGAGAUACUCUACACUCUGGGACUGCACCUGUCACGUGCUCAGGUCAAGAAGCUUCUUAAUAAAGUAGUACUUCGAGAGUCUUGCUUUUACAGAAGACUAACAGACACUUCUAAAGAUGAGGAAAACCAAGAAGAGUCUGAAGAGCUACAAGAAGAUAUGUUAGGAAACCGAUUACUGCUGCCGUCGCCUGCUGUAAAGCAGGAGUCCAGAGCAGCAGAGGAGAACGUCGGGCUCAUCGUGUACAACGGUGCCAUGGUGGAUGUCGGGAGCCUCUUGCAGAAGCUGGAGAAGAGUGAAAGAGUGAGGGCAGAGAUAGAACAGAAGCUGCAGCUUCUGGAAGAAAAAACAGAUGAGGAUGAAAAAACUAUACUGCAGCUGGAGAACUCUAACAAGAGUCUGUCUGCGGAGCUCAGAGAAGUGAAAAAGGACCUUGGCCAACUGCAGGAAAAUCUGAAAAUGUCUGAUGCCAAAAAGUUGCAGUUUGAGGGUCAGCUGAAUAAGACAAUCAAAAAUUUAGCUACUGUAAUGGAUGAAAUACAGAGUGUUCUUAAGCAGGACACAGCGAAGAGCGAAGACCAGAAGUCCAAAGAGAACGGAGCAAACGUAUGAUAAGCUGCUGCUGCGUAGAAGAAUGGUGUUACAUAAUGUAAUAUAAAUCAUGAAACCAGAAUGUAUGGGAAGUGCUGCAUGUUUGAUUGUAGUAGUAUAAAUAUCUUAGUUCCAAAGGAUGUACAAAGUUUUAUGGAUGUGAGUGUUGCUGCUGAGGAUUGAUUGUAAUUCUUAGCACUCAAUUCGAGAUACUCCUUGAGUGAAAAUAAUUUUGCAUUGCAAAAUGUUUUAGGAUGAACUUUGUUACAGUUUUAACCCUAAUAAAGUUCAUCAGCGUAA